CGGGAGUUGUCGGUAACAGCUGAUUAGCAUACACAAAGCAACAUGAAAGUCAAUGGCGCAGUUGAUCAGAGAGGAAUUACGGUGAAAAAGUAAUAUAACGAAGCAACAAUUGUUUGACAACAUAAGAUAAACUUUAAAGGAAACUUAUGGUAAGAACUUCAACAUGUGUGAUGUGGCAACUUUCAACCAGAGACAUUUUCAAGGCAGCUCAACAGGUGGGGUCACAGAGAAGGGGAACUUUGACCUGUACUGGAAGAACAAGAAAGAGGGUGGGGAGGGGAAUCCCAUGAACCCCACAUUUAAUCAGAUGGACUCAGGCUUCUUUGACCAGGUCAACUAUUGUGAGAGGUAUGAUGUCAAUGCUAAUGGAGACAAGUUCUCAAAGUUUGAUGACAUUGUGUCCCAGAUAUUGGAAGAUGACAGCUCUCUUUAUGCAUUUAAUCAAAACCUGAAAAAUCUGAAGCUUUCAUUCAGCCAAGGGAGUAAUGGUUCUUUGAGUGUCCCCUCCACCCCUGGGAGUGCCUGGUCUGCAGUGACAGAUGAGAUGCCACCGAAGGCCCAGGACAACAGGUUUGACUUCAGCCUUCCUAGUAACCCAGACUUGUCCACCAUCAACAAUAACCUGUCAGACUUCAGCUCAGACAUCUCCCUAGAGGAUCUAGAAUCACUGCCAGCCAAAACAGACGGACCAGAUCUGGAGCUACUCCAGUCCUUUAUGAUAGAGCAGUCCAAGAAAAGCCUGAAAAAUCCGGCAUAUCUGGAUAAUCACUUAACGGAGGCUUUCUUGAGCAUGUAUGACAUGAAGACUAUGCCCACAGCUCCCCCUCCUCCUCAGACCAAAAAUCUGUCUCAGCAAAGCAUAUCAGGGAAGGAAUCUCACACCUGUCCCCAGUGGCCUCCAUAUGACAACCAGCAUUAUCUCAACAGCCAAUCUAUGACAUCUAACUUCACACAACCAGGAAACUUUUCUCAGUAUGCGAAGACUCAAAACUUACCACAGGGAAAUUUUGACAAGACUGAACUUCCAAAGUUUCCCCCUGAAGUGCCCCCACCUUUGGCUUUUCCACCCAGCAGAAAUCAUAACUUGAAAUCAGAAGCAUUGAAUUCUCCAAGAAACUCAGACAUGAAGCCUUUAAGCUCCAAUGAACAGGGAAAUUUGUUGCAUGCAGGAGUUGGAAAUUGUAGUCAGAGUUUUCAGCCAAUCGAGACAGGGGACAGUAAAAAUGUAUUGCAGCCAAUCCGAGUCAGCACCCAUAAUGCACUGAGUUACCAGGGAUGUGGUGCUUCAGGGCAGAGCACUCCUGUGUCACUGAAUGGAAACAACUACCAGGCAUUUGACAAGUAUACUUUGUCUCCAGUCACCAGUGCACAGGGAUUUGGUGUGCAACCCAAACCUCAGAUCAGGCCACAGGAGAUUUCCCAGUUGCCUGUUUCCUACCAGUCUGUGUUGCCAGGGGAUAAAUCUCAGCAAGGGAGACCCAAUGCUCACAUCUCCCAAGCUUUUAGGCAGAAAGUGGCCAAAAUGACCCUCCCCAGCCCUACACCAGCCAACCCCGAAGUCAAAUACUCACAUGAGAUGACUGACAAGUCACACUCAGUCACUCUUCACAGUCUGACACCCACCAGCUAUGGUGACUCCUCAGCCAAUCCCCCUCUCUACCACAAACGACUCUCCAGGGAUAAUCUGUCAAUGCAAGACUUUCAAACACUAGGUACUGUGGCACAACCACACCAUCCAGCAUUUGUUAAAUACCUGCCAAACUUUAUUGCCCCUCCACACUUCCUUGCCCCCUCUGGUGCCUUACCUAGUGAGGCCUUUGAGUACUACCAUGUGGACCCCUACGGCAGACUGAUUCCCCCCAUGUUGACCCCAGAGAUGUAUUUGGAUGUUCCUUAUAUCUAUCCAGGGAUUCAUCAGGUUAUACCCAAUAUCAGAAACCCAAGGAGAAGUGGUCCAUCAAAUGAACUUCACCUCAAGUUGGAGGAGUGUUAUGAUCAGUUCAGAAACAUUGAGAGAGAGCGGAAAAAGACAGAAGCAGAGUUGGCAAGGCAGAACCCUGGUAAAAAGGUGUCCAGCACCAACAACAUUGUAGUUCCACGCCUACCCUCCAACCCUUCACGUGUAGAUCGUCUGAUUGUUGACUCAUUCAAAGAACAUGCCAGGAUAAUAACCCUGGUGGACAAAAUGGAGAAGUUACGUAAUUUUGUGUUACAUCCAAACAUUCACUCAGCACUGGAGAGAUGGCUGGAAGGAAUUCGUAAAGUUCAGGCCCGCCGCAAGGAAGAGAUAGUAAACGCCACAAACCGCCACAGGAAUGUAGGAAACCGCCACCAGGAGGACAAAGAUGUCCUAGCUUUAGCAGCCAGUAUUGGAGAGCUAACCACUCUAUGUAGAAAGGCAAGAACAGCGAACUGGUGUGCUCUACAAAUGGCUGACAAAGAUAAUGCCCCCCUGGAUUCUCUUGGCUUCGAGAUCAAAACAGAAAUCACCAAGGAAGGAUUCCCUGUGUAUGUGUCACAACAGAAUGUUAUUGAGCUUCAGGAUGGGACGGAGGACACUGAGAACACAGAGAGUAAGGCCAAGGCAGAGGAUAAAUAAACAUCAGGGAAGGCAGGAGAAUUACUGCUGUCAUGGAGUCAGAGAGUUUUUGUGCCAGUCUUUAUUUCUGCUUUUUGUGUCAUUAUUAUUAUUAUUAGCUUUUAAACAUGGUUCAUAGAUAUAGCAUUUACUAGCACUGUUCUAUCAUGCCUGUAGAUUAGAAGCUGCCUGUUUAUUAUAUGAUGUAUUGGAUAGAGGAAAGGUAAUUAUUCUACAUGUAAGUAUUAUCUUGUGUUAAAUCAACACAAAAGUGGAGCAUGUCUUCUUAUACAAGAAUGCAUAUUUACUAGUAGUUGUCUCACAACUUAAAAUGGCAGAAUAGAUGGACUUAAUUUGAAUUCAUGAAAUAAAUUUAAUCGCCGUAAACUUAUUUGCAUUGAAAAGUUCAGAGAAUAGACUUUUUUUGUACAUGUAUCUCCAAUAGUUUAUUCCAAGAUAAUAUUCAAAGUGUUGGACAAUGAAUUAUAUGAGUUUUGUCCACAAUAUGUACAUGUAUCAGUGGUUGUAUAAAAUAUGAAUGAAGGAAUUGUAUUAGGUAUUAUUAAACAUGAGGGUGACCACAAGUCAAAUUUGAGAGUGAUAAUCUGAUAGGUGCUACUUUUAAUGGUGAUUCACCCUCUGUCAAACCAAGGUUAAGUUCUGCACCAGCAAUGCUUAUAAUUUCCUCUCUUUUUUUUCAGUGUUUGAACUGCUUGCAUUUGCAGUAUAUGUACUAAUUAUUUCAUAAUGUGAUGAUUAUUUGAUUUUCUUGGUUGAGUUCACAUUGGUGAAUGAAUUGAUUGAUUAACUAGUUAAUGAAAAUGAUGUAUUAACAAUGACAAUGAAUUUUACAUAUCAUACUUUUCUCUUUGAUUCUAAGUCAAAUUUAGGCUUUGAAUACUUAAUUAUGAAUUGCUGGUGGUACCUUGAUGAUCUUCCUCUUUUCAAUGCAUGGGUAUAUGAUUAGUUCCGAUUAUCAUUACUCAAUAUUGUAUUAUCAUUGUAUUUGAUAUAUUACUAAAUUAAUUAUCAGGAAUAUACAAUGUACUCUGUGAAUGUAAAGAUUACAUGAGUGUAGUUAGUUCAGAUUAUGAUAUAUUGUUUUCCCACUUUCAGAUACUUCAAACACCUUACUGUGUGUUGAAAUUUCAGCUUUGUUAUAAAAGUUACAUGUAAUUUUAAAAAAUAUAAUUGUUGUAAUGAAGCAUAAUUUUAAAUUCAAGAGAUUUUUUAAUAUCAAUUACACAAGUUGUAUAAGAAAAAACUAUAAUUGUAUUAUCAGAUCUGAGAAAUUUGUACAUAGCAGAUUUUCAUUGUGUAACAGUCCCCUAACCUACACAUGUUGUAGGUGGUAGACAUCAAAUGGCAGAAAUUUUGCAGUUGUUAUUUUUGCAAACCAUGACUGUACUGUGAUAACUGUAUUUGGUUGAUGCAUUUUUUGUUUCGUUGACAAAUUAUUUAAAAAAACAAUUUUAUCCUGCUUUAUUUGAAUCUCAUUUUUCUGCACAAAAUUCAUGUCAUGUUGACCAAUCCCUAUUAUUAUGAUUUUUUUUUUUUUCAAUUAAUUAAAUGUGAUAUGCAGUCUUGAGACAAUUGUAUACAAAGAAAAUAACAUUAGAAAAAGGUAUCAUUCCAGUGCUUACAAUUCACAGUCAUAUUUAUUGUUGUUGGUUGUGUGUUUUCAUUGUAUUUGAUCAAUAUUGUACAUUGUAUUUGUAAUUCUAGCAAUGAUGCUUGUAUAUUUUUAUACUGUGUGCUUCAAAUGAAAAUGUAAAUAGUUCUUGUAGUGAAGAAGGGCUUAGAAAAAUGUGCCUAAAAUUUAGCAAUCAAAGAUUGGGCUCAAAAUGAGUACUUUAAACCAGGACUCGAGGUAGGCUGUUUCUAUCAGCAGAUAGUGCUUAAUAAGAAAAAAAAAAGAAUAUGAUAAGUUAGUUAUGAUUAGAUGGUUAUGAUAAGUUUGUUAGUCCAAAUACUGGCAUUUUUUGCAUGAAUAGAGAUGACACUUAUUGUUUGUAAAUGUAGCUGAAUUAAUGGCCAUACCCACUGUUUAUCAUAUCCAAUACUAUUUAACAAACUGACAGGUGUACUGUCAAAACUUUUUUCUAUACUGCUACAAAAAAUUUUGCUCAGAGUUAAUACUAAAAACUUAGUGAAUUUAUCAAUAUCCAGAGCUGCUGAGAGCAGUCUUACAUAUCUUAUAUAUCUCUUGUAGUGUUCAGGUCCUCUUUAUUUAGUUCUGUCUAAAUUAACCACAGCAAUUAAUCAUUUAAUUAGUACCUUAUAAUUUUUAAUAAUGAAAUUAGCAACACUGUAGUAGAACUAUUAUUAAUAUGUAUAUGUGGUCAACUGCCGCUGCAUGUUUUUACAGUAUUCUGAGAGACAAUAUCCACAAGAAUCAAAAACACUGGUAUUACUUGAUAAGAUAUAUUUUUAUAAUCAGAUUCCCUAGUCAGUAGUCUCCCUUUAAUACCAUGCUAUUUAUGAUGUUGAUGUGCAAUUUUUAUUUCUCCCACAGGUUGACAAUUGAUCAAUAAUCAGAUUGAGAUGGAGUGUUUUCUUUUUCUUUAACUUGUGUUGCUAUUGAAUUGACAAAUCCUUAAGAUUUUGGAGGAUAUUGUGAUUUUGUUUGCUUUGUUGAUGAGUGCUAUAUUAGUGCUAUAUAAUUUAAUACUGCAGCUUUCCUCUGUCCCUAUUUAAAACCCUACCCCUCUUUCCUACUCUCCCUCCCCUAUCAUAUAGUCUCCAGUACCACAAGUUGAUCUCUGGUCAUUACUCAAAUUCUGUUUGAUAUGCAAUACACAUGUUCUGCUUCUUAUAGAUCUUAAAUGUUUAUUGGUGCAACUAAAUUUCUAGUCUCAUAACAAAUGAUUAGAAUGUCUGUAGUUUUCAUUUUCUGAUUUUCAAUGUGUUUGUCAUACAUGUUUGUCAGUUUGAAAAGCACUGAGUUUGUAUUUAUUUGAUUUUGGUGGCAAUUUUUAAAGCUUUUCAAUUUUGUGUAUUAUGAUUUAACCAUUUUGGUGAAAAAUAUCCAGACUGGGAUGUUUUUAUUUUAAACCACUUGACUCUCCAGAAAGUUUAUUGCAUAAUUAAGGCUUAGCUAAAGAGAAAUGUUUAAGUAAUAUAUCAGGAAAAGAAUUUUACAUGUUUGAAUUUUUAAGGAUUAAUAUUGAAAUAAAUGAAAAAUUGACAAGCACUCCAAAAUAAUGUAAACAGCUGCAUGUAUACUUUUAAAAUUGUUCCCAGAGAGUAUUAUUUAUUGAUAUGAUUAAACUUGAUAUGGAGAAUAAUAUUUGGACAGUAUUAAUGGAUAUUUAUAUAUUUCCCAACUCUUUGUAUUUAAUGUAAUAUCUGCAGAAAAUAAGCAGAAACAUAGGAAAGGCAAUGAAAAAUGAAGAGAAAAACUUCAAAAGAUGUUAAUACCAUUUGUUUUUCCUUAGGUGCUUCAUUUUAAACUAGUGCUUGUUUGACUAUAUUUUUGUAUCUAAUUGUGUGAUAUUUUCAACAUAUCUGUAUAUUGCUAAUCAAGCUUUUGAAUGUCUUAUUCUCAUUUAACUUGAUUAAAUUUUAGCCUCCAUAUAAACAAAACAGAGAACUACAUAGAUUUGCUAGAUGUGUUCAGUAUUUAUAAAUCCAUGUAUAUAUUCACAGUUCUGUAUGUAGAGCACUGAUAUUAGUUAUGGACCAAUGUUGUUACAUUAUAUUUACUUGUUUAGCACAGAUAACACAAGUCUUUAUGUAUGUUGUAUUUAGCUUAUAAUCGUUAUAGUUAUUGGUGUUUGUGAUAUUUUGUGAUUCUUACUUAAAAGUUUGUAUAUAUACUCAGAAUUAUUGCAUGGUGAUAUAUAUAUUUAAUCUAUGGUUAGUUUGUUUUUAUCUGUAGUUAGUGUUUUCUCAGGAUAACAGUGACAGUGUUUGUCAAUUGUAUGUUGUCCUUUAAUAACUAUUGAUUUGAUUUUGUUGCAACAAGAGAACAGCUUUUUAUUGCUGAAAAAAAAGAGAGCAAUAUUUCACUUGAGAUUCUAGAAUAACAUGAAUUGUAUUACAAGUGUCUUUAGAAAAAAAAGACAAAAGGGAGUUAUUUUGUAUGUUAAUUUGUUUUGAUAUUUUGGUAAUCUUUUAGCUGGACAUAGUAAGACACUAGGUCAGUUUACAAUGGUUGUUGUACUUUGAAAUAUUAGUGUUGUAUCAAGAACUGUAACUCUGUAUUAGGCAGACACAUUAUAUGAUGCAAGAGGUUUACACAGAAUAGCAGAUUGGGUUAAUGAAAGGAAAUGAAAUAUUUUGUGAUGAUUUUAAUGGAUUAAGAUUUCUCGAGUAACAUUCUUUGCUGUUUUGAACUUAAGUAUUUAGCCAUGCAAGAUUAAGAUGACAAAUGUAACUAUUUAAUUUAGUUUAAAAAAUGAUUUUGUAGAAAAUAAUUGUACAGAGAGAUUCAAGAAGAUUAUUUUUUUCUUUUAUUGUGAUACAACUACAGAAUAAUGGUGCAAAUAUAGGCAUCUGAUGCAAAUUUUGAAGUCUCAAGGCUGGUAUUGUAGAAAUAUAUAUACACUGUAUAUAUGUAGUAAAUGGGUAUUUUAGCCAAUUACACAGUAUGUAUUUAGUUUCAAGUUUAUAAUAAUCAUGUUUUGUUACUUAGAUUUUUGUGAGUUUUUAAUAUCAGAUAGAGUUUAUUUUAACGGUGUCAUUCUUUGGUAUUUUUUUUUGUUUUUUAGCCUUGUGUUGGUGGUAGUAGUAUCUGAGGUUAGAUUUUUCCGCAAUUUUUAAACUAAAUAUAUAUUUGCUUUUGCAGUCAUGAAGGAAAUUUAAUUUUGUUUUGGUCAUUAGUCUAAUUAAAAAUAGAUGCUCUGUGGUAUGUCUUUAUAAACAGGGUUCUACAUUAUGUAGUAGGUUCAUUGAAGAGGUUGACCCUGUGCUUUUAUUUAUAGCACUGUGUAAUGUAAAAGCUUGAUUGUAACUCAGUAAUCUGCUUAGCUUCCUGCGUUGCCAGGUUUCCUAGAUUUGAUUAAUGUUCUUUGAAACAUAAUGCUCAUAUCAUGCCAGAUAUAGUUUAGAUAUAACCAUGACAACAGAUCUAACCUCAGUGCCUGACUAGAUAGAGAAAAGGGAUUUCCAAUGGGUUCAUUCUAAGCAUCUCAUUCUACCCCAGGGAUUUAUCAUGGAAUCACUUUGUCAUUUUUCUCUAACUACACUUGUUAUUUCAGUUUUGUGAAAGAAAAAAGACAGCAUUAAUUUUUUAUUCAAUAUGAAUUUUAUGAUGAUAAUAAUCAAAGAAGAAAGAGUAGCCCUCUAGAUAAAGCAGUAGUAAUUGUCCUAAAUUUUAAAUGAUGGAUAGAGAAAAGACUACAAAUCUGGAAUUUAUGCAAUAGGAUUCUAGGAGAUGGAGGCAUUGUCUUUUUAAUUCAUACUCUAUAUUUUUAUUGUUCAUUUGUCCCUUGAAAAUAAGUACAUGCAUAAUAUUUGAAUAAUUUCAGAAAUCAAAUGUAAAAAGAAAAAAAUCAGGGAAAUUUAUCAAAUUAUGGACUUGUGUCAAGGUAUACAGGGUUUUGAAAUUGUCAUUUUUGUAUAUUCUUUGUAUUUUUAUGAGGAAAAAAAAGUGAUAUUGUGAUGUUGUCCAAUUUGGUGAAUACUAAAGUUAUCCAAAACUUUUAUUUUAGCUUAAUACUUAACUCCAGUUUGCGUAUGUAUUUUAUAUAUUGUUCAUGUUUCAAAAGGGAAAAUAUUUGAGAAUUUAUUAUCUUAACAUCACCACUUGCCAUUAAAACUUUUUCAUCGGUGCCAUACUUGGUCAAACUCAGCAAAUCUGUUCAGAAUUUUCUGAAAGUCUGUUCCCAAGGUUAUGGGUCAGAAAAUAUAUAGUUCAUUUUAAGUACAAGUUGUGAUUAUUUUUUAACCAGUCUUUCUAGUAAAAAUACUGAUAGAUGAAACAUUUGCAAUAAUAUUUAAAUUUUUAUUAUCUUGCAUGAAAUAGUGUUCUUGUCUUCCAAAAGACCUAACAGUAAUUAUAAUCAUUUUCAUUAUUUUUGGGAAGGAACCCAGAAGAAAUGGCUGGAGUUUUUUAACACAAGCAGAAAGCACUGAUUUGUGUUGUUUGGUGCACACAUGUAGUUAGUAUUUUAUGUAUUCAAAUAUUUACUUUUUUCUUGAUGUUCUUUAGUGCUACAAGUAGAAGGAUCAUGGAACGAAUAGAUUGUAUGAUAUAUAUACAAGAUUUGGUCACCACAUAUCAUCUGAGGUCUGGAAUUUCUCCUAAUGUACAUCUUGAAUUCCAAUUCCUUUAUUCCUUGCAUUCCUUAAACAAAAAAAAAUUCUGAUUUUUUAAAUACUUAAUUUUCAAGUCUUUUAAGUUUUCAGUAUCAAAUAAAGGAUUAGAAUAAUGUCAAAAAUUUUCUGGUAAAUGCAAUAAAAGUGUGCCUUAACUUUCAGUAUUACAAGCAGGAUUUGAUUUGACUUCUAUAUUCCUAACUUCCUGAUUUGUGGAGAUUUGGCCAAGACAGCAGGACUUUGCAUUAUUGCUCUAUGCCAAAGAUGUGAUUGAUAUUGUAUGUAGAUGACACUUGUGUAUUUUGGUGUACAGCUUAGUAACUUUUAGGUACUAGGUGUAAUUUAUGUACAGCUUGACAACACUAGUGUACUAUGUGUAUUUUGGUAUAGAGCUUAGAUUGACAAUAGACUUUGUAUGUAAAUGAAUUAAGGUUGGUUAGAGGAACAAGAAAUUUUUGUUUGAAGGCAUUGGCUUGUAAUAGUAGACUGUGAUAAUUUGUUCAGUUAUAGUUUUUUUUUUCCUCUGUAAAUGAUUCUAUGAUCAAGAAGGCUCUCAUAGCAUGAAAUAAUGAAACUCUUCAUGCCUACCUCUGCAAGUUAUGAAUGCAAUAAGAUAAAAUUCUAUUUGUUUUAUGCCAGAGCAUAUAAAACAUUGUUGAAGUUUGUUUUUUCAUUGUUUGGAUUUUUCAGUUGAAAUUUAUCUUCAGGAUGAAAUUAGAUCAAUCAAGAAUGAACUUGUUAAUUUGAAAACCUUUUUAACAAACUGGAAAGGGGUUGAGUUUAAAAGAUGAAAGUGAUUGGAAUGUAGUGUUGAUGAUUACUUUUCAAAGUACUUUUUUUCUAUCAAUAAAUUGUUUUCAAUAUGAAAAAA